AUGAAGAAAGUACACGCACAAGGCGAAGUUAGCGAGGUUAGUGAGGCCACUGAGGAUAAUAGUGCACCCGAGAAAGCCCCUCCGAAUAAAGGGCUAUCGAAAAUCGAUUUCGCAAUGAGGAUAGUGGCCGCUAUCGCUACCUUGGGGAGCACCAUUGCAAUUGGUACAACCAACCGUACGCUCCCGUUUUUCGCACAGUUUGUUCGUCUCCAGGCUCAGACGCGAGACCUCCCUGCAUUCACGUUCUUUUUGGUCUCGAACGGCUUAGCAACUGCAUACCUUGUUCUUUCGCUUGCGUUGUCCAUAUUCCAUAUGUUGAAGAGUGGCGCGAAGCUCACGAGGGUCGUGCUCGUCAUACUCGACAUGAUAAUACUAUCUCUUCUGACUGCCGGUGCUUCUGCUGCUGCUGCAAUCGUGCAUGUGGCCCACCAGGGAAAUGCAGAGGCCAAUUGGAUCGCAAUUUGCGAGAAAUACAACUCGUAUUGUGAGAGAGUCUCGGGCUCUCUAGUCGGGUCCUUCAUUGGAGUUCUUAUUCUCAUGAUGCUGAUAAUCUUGUCGGCUCUUGCUCUGUCUCGAUCAUAA